AUGGCCAUCGCAGAGGACGCAGCAACCGUACUGGAGCAGUUUGUACAUGAUGUCGCAAAUCUUCCAGCCGAAAUCACGCAUCUUUACGAGGAAGUGCAGGCCAAAGACAACCAGAUCCAGGAAUUACGCGCUGGGAUACAGCAACGCGAUGGAAGCCUGCAAAAGUUCAUCAAGCUCAACGGCAGCCUAGUAGAAAAUCCAAAGGAAGUUGCCUAUUCGAAGACGAUUCUUGCAAACUACGAAAGAGCACAGCUACUGCAAGAAGAGAAGAUUGGACUAGUUGAAAAAGCUGCUGCACUUAUGCCUUCGCUGCUGAGAGACUCACCUGGAAAUUUGGUUCCUCCAGCAUCGGCGACAAAUACGGGUGCCAAUACACCGCUGCUUUCCAUCUCUGGCAACCAAGGCGGCGGGGCUCCAAACCUUGCGCAAGCAGCUGCCAUGGCGCGAAUCACCAACGCGACCAAUGUAGGUAUCAACUCAAGAUUGAACCCAUCACUACAGAACAUGCAAACACAAGCGCUCCUAAACCAGCAGCGGCUCACGAAUGCGCAGAGUGCCAUACAGGCAAAUGCACGACAAGAGCGGGAGGCAUCGGCCGGGAGCGACAGCAAGCGGCGCAGACCAACAGGAGGCAUUGGGCCCCUCCCUGCAGCAUCCUCCAACUUGGGGCGACAAGGCUCGAUAGGACCGGGGACCCCUAAACCAUCGACACCAGGUUCCCGUGCAGGUAGCGUUGGACCCAGGCCACAGAAAAAUGUACUCACAGUGAAGAAGGCGAAACCACAACAACCUCUGCGCAAGGCGGCACUCACUGCAAAGUCCGGGGUGAACAAGAAGCGGCGCAAGGGCGGGUCGCGGGCAUCGCCUUCGACGACGGCAGAUGAUGAGAGCGUGGCGAGCGAGGCAGGCACAGAAGACGAGGACAUGUCGGGCAUUGGAGGCGGCGAUGCAGAAGAGGACGAGUCGGACGACACCAAGUACUGCACCUGUCAGCGUGUCAGCUUCGGCGACAUGGUAGCCUGCGACAAUGACAACUGUCGGUAUCAAUGGUUUCAUUGGGAGUGUGUGGGCAUCAAGGAGGAACCGCUGGGGGACUGGCUGUGUCCCGAGUGCAGGAACCAGGCGCCAGCCAAGAUUAAGAGGGCACGUUGA